AAAAACAGUGAGGCGUGUCAACAGGACUUCCAUCCUCAUCUAUAACUCAUCACACCUGUCCCUCCUCUUCUCUCUCUCUCUCUCUCUCUCUCUCUGCCCCUGCGUUUCCUUCCAUUUCCAGUACAUUUGUCCCGUACCGCUAUAUAAGCAGCUCUGCGGGAGAGACGCCAUGGCCGGCAAAGAAAUCCUCCUCAAGAUGAAGGAAAAAGUUGGGUUAGGUCCGUCAGAUGCUGACUCUGGAAAAGGCAAGAGCAAGAUGUCAAAGCACGUAACACAUGGCUUUCACUUGGUAAAGGGAAAAUCGCAUCACGCCAUGGAAGAUUAUGUCUUUGCACAGUUUAAGCAAGUUGAUGACAAGGAGCUUGGUCUUUUUGCAAUCUUUGAUGGCCAUUUGAGCCAUGAUGUUCCUGAUUACUUGAAGUCUCAUUUAUUUGAGAAUAUUUUGAAGGAGCCCGACUUCUGGACUCAAACAGAGGAAGCAAUCAAAAGUGCUUAUCUAAUAACCGACACAAACAUUUUAGAGAAAGCAGUUGAUUUCGGAAAAGGAGGUUCAACUGCGGUUACAGCAAUAUUGAUUAAUUGUCAUAAGCUGGUAGUAGCUAACGUUGGGGAUUCUCGAGCUGUUAUCUGUAAGAAUGGGGUGGCCAAACAACUAUCAGUUGAUCAUGAGCCAAGCACGGAAAGGGAGAGCAUUGAGGAGAGAGGUGGUUUUGUAUCAAAUUUUCCUGGGGAUGUUCCACGAGUUGAUGGGCAAUUGGCAGUGGCAAGGGCAUUUGGUGACAAGAGCUUGAAGAAACACCUCAGUUCAGAACCCCAUGUAGCGGUGGAUUUUAUAGAUGAGGACACUGAGUUCGUUAUCCUGGCAAGUGAUGGAUUAUGGAAGGUAAUGUCGAACCAAGACGCAGCAAAUAGUAUCAGGCAUAUAAAGGAUGCCCGGGCAGCAGCGAAGCACCUUACUGAAGAGGCGCUUAAUAGGAACAGCACGGAUGAUAUUUCCUGCAUAGUUGUAAGAUUUCAGUGAUCCAAGGAUUGCUCUCCACACUUUUGUCCGGUAAAAAACUCUGUUUUUUAAGUGAUGUGUAAACACCCUAGGAAUAGAAAUAAAACUUAUGCCCUAUCUUUGUGCCCUAGUAGAGGCUUUUUGUUGUUUUCUUUGUUUGAAAGUGUCAGAUAUGCCACCAAUUUGCAACAGAACUGCCUAAUUUACUAGUUCUGAAAUGUAUUCUUCCCUUUUUUCUGGAGUUUA